UUUUGAGAAAUGUUUCAAAGCGAUCGCGCUUCCAGAAAAUCCGCUCGCCUUCUCAUUGGAGUCAGUCAGUCAGACGGGAUCGAACUUGAGUCUUCCUCAAUCGGUUUCUCCGCUUGUCUGAGCCGUUUGUGACCUCAACUCAGCUGUGUUUGUUUAAAACAACCAACGCCGUGUGCGCUCGGUGCAUGGAUUUAAAUGUGAAAUUGCACCAUGAUGGCGGGCUCUUGUCACGUUGAUCAUUUGAGCGGGUUAGCGCCGCCUUUGCCUUGACCCUCCACAAUUUCUCCAGCUUUUCGUGUCCCUUUUUCUGGACGCGGCCAUCAUUCGGGAUUCCCGUAUCCCUCUGGCACUUUGAUAGAGCGAUUCACACCUUUUGUCUCGGCCAGAUGCCCGUCGCGCACGUGACGUCGGAGUCGGCCGAUCCUCCAUCGUGCGUCACCAGUCGCUCCAGAAUGCCGCCACUCGCCUCUCGACCGGGACUCGCGCGAGCGGGCGCGUGAACUCCUACUGCGCUAUCCUUCCGCCGGCUCGUUUUGGAGUUCUUUUGAAGGUCCUGUGAUUUGUUUUCAAAUCUCGAACUGGCCUGUCCCCGCCUGACCUCCGUGCGCUCCCUCCCUGCCUGCUGCCUCAGCUCCGCACGGGACCGGACACUAGCGAGAAGGAAGCGGCGGCGCUGAGUUGACGGAGCCUUUUCCUUUGCCGCUCCCUCUUUGGAAGGAACAUUCGGCAAGUCCCCUCGCUGCCUAUCUUUAAAAAAAAAAAUCCUCUUCAAACUCAUUUUUAUUCUUUAGCUUUUGACUCGGCGGGAUGAGACCUGAUUUUUUUUUCGCGUCAGUGUUUUUGUGCCUUCUACUGCCUUCCUUAUUCCUGGAUUGUACGUAUCGAAUGCGUUUUGCUCCGCGUACGCGGCGCCGGUUGUUUGAAAGUGCCCGAGAAACACAGCCGAGUUGAGAGACUUCACCUGACGUUGAGGCGGCACCGCUCUGUCAGGAGGCCGGUUGGCUCUCAGCACUUUGCCCGUCUGGAUCCGGAAGUCCCGCGGGAUCUCGGCCGGGAGCUCGGGAAGUGUCCGUCAUCUCGAUUCUCCGCACGUUUUAUUUCUUGUUCUUUUUCGUUGUAUGAACAUGAAUUCGGCACUUUAAAAACAUGUUUUUUUUUUUUUGAAAAGCAGCCGGCUUUUCAUCGUCUUUGGGUGAGGAUCUUGUCUUGGGAAUUGUACCGAGUGUCGGUUUAACCCCCGGCUGCAACCUUGGUGCGUUGCAGGAAAUUCCAAGUGCGAGCUCGCAAGCGUCCGCUAUGAAGAAGAGAAGUUUGUCUCUUCAGCUGAUAAAAAGGAUGCUGAACUGCAGGAACCCCGAGCUCCACGAGGAGCUGCAGAUCCAGGCGGCGGUGGCGGCGGGCGACGUGUACACGGUGCGGCGGAUGCUGGAGCGCGGCUACUCGCCCAAGAUCCGCGACGCCAACGGCUGGACCCUGCUGCACUUCUCGGCCGCCAAGAGCAAGGAGCGAUGCGUGCGCGUCUUCCUGGAGCACGGAGCCGACCCGACGGUGAAGGACUUCAUCGGGGGCUUCACGGCGCUGCACUACGCCGCCAUGCACGGGCGCGCCCGCAUCGCCCGCCUGAUGCUGGAGUCGGACUUCUGCGGCGACAUCAUCAACGCCAAGAGCUACGACGGCUGGACGCCGUUGCACGUGGCGGCCCACUACGGCCGAGACUCCUUCGUGCGCCUCCUGCUGGAGUUCCGCGCCCAGGUGGACCCGCUGAGCGACAAGGGCACCACGCCGCUGCAGCUGGCCAUCAUCCGCGAGCGCUCCAGCUGCGUGCGCAUCCUGCUGGACCGCGGCGCCGACAUCGACAUUCAGAACGGCUUCCUGCUGCGCUACGCCGUCAGCAAGGGCAACCACUCGUACUGCCGCAUGUUCCUGCAGCGCGGCGCCGACACCGACCUGGGCCGGCUGGAGGACGGCCAGACGCCGCUGCACCUGUCGGCGCUGCGCGACGACGUGCUGUGCGCGCAGAUGCUCUACGCUUACGGCGCCGACACCAACGCCAGGAACUACGACGGCCAGACGCCCGCCGCCGUCUCCGUCGGCGUGUCCGGACACAGCAGGCCGUGCCUGGACUUCCUGCGGGACGUCACCAAGCGUCCCCGGAGCCUGCAGGACGCGUGUCGCAUCAAGAUCCGCCGGUGCGUCGGCCUGCGGCGGCUGUGCCUCCUGGAGGAGCUUCCCGUCGCCAAGGUCAUGAAGGACUAUCUCAAACACAAGUUUUAACGCCGCCGCGCACGACGCCGGGAACAAGUACGAAGAAGGCGGGGGUGAGGGGGGGGG